UCGGGUUGAUGCAGACUAGGUGGAGUAAAUCCGAGCCGGUGGGGUGAGCAGCGCAAGGCUGAGGAAAGAUGCAUGAAAACAGACCACAGAUGGGCGAGAUAAACAGGAUCUCUGGGCUGUGACUGAGGAGGCAGGUCUCUUUAAUGGCUCUUAGCAACGCCCCUGCUCUGACCCUCCUCAUAUGUGAGGAAAAUCAAAUCAAUACACUGUUCUUCAAACCACGAUGCUGCAGCAGCAGCAGGGCAUUGUGGCAGCCUUCAUCUCUUAAUUUCAUCUUCGCUUUUCAGUGUGCCGAUCUCUGGAUAUCCAUCCUUGCUUCUCUGCUGAGGAAGACUCUGACUGCAUCUUUAAUCGGAUUGUUCAAGCUCCCAUGCACAACCUUCUUAUUAGCAAGUAUUAGAGAUGGCUAACAGAGGACCAAGCUAUGGCUUAAGCCGAGAAGUUCAGGAAAAGAUUGAACAGAAAUAUGACCCGGAAUUAGAGUCUAGGCUGGUGAACUGGAUUAUUGUACAGUGUGGAGAACAGAUAGAGCACCCUCCUCCUGGAAGGCAACAUUUUCAGACCUGGCUGAUGGAUGGAACGCUGUUAUGCAAGUUAAUAAACAGUUUGCAUCCAAAGGGAAAUGAGCCUAUUGCAAAGAUCUCUGAAUCAAAAAUGGCUUUCAAGCAGAUGGAACAAAUAUCUCAGUUCUUAAAAGCUGCCGAAAUCUAUGGAGUAAGAACAACAGAUAUUUUCCAGACAGUGGAUUUAUGGGAAGGGAAGGACAUGGCAGCAGUGCAGAGAACCUUAAUGGCUUUGGGCAGUUUGGCGGUCACCAAGGAUGACGGCUGCUACAAAGGAGACCCAUCCUGGUUCCACAGGAAAGCACAGCAGAAUCGACGAGGAUUUUCAGAAGAGCAGCUUCGGCAGGGACAGAACGUAAUAGGCCUUCAGAUGGGCAGCAACAAAGGAGCGUCACAGUCGGGUAUGACAGGCUAUGGGAUGCCGAGGCAGAUUAUCUAAAAGUAUCUCUGUCUCUGGAGAAAACACUCUUUCUGCAGCAUGGUCUGUUAAGGAGAAAAAAAAAAAAAAAAAAAAAAAAAAAGCUUAUUAGUUCCCUUUCUGCCUGGUUUUUAAUAGUUAGUGCUCUCUAAAGUUUGGGGUAUUUUUGGUUUGGUUUGUUUUCUUUGCAGCUGCAAGAGUUCGCCUAGGAACUUGGGUUUUUGUGGUGGUGUGUGUCAGUUCACAGCACGUGCGCACUGCUGCCUCCUACUUUUCACUUCUGAACUAUGCAAAGACAAUUAUUCUGUAUUAAUUUAUUUGCAAAGUGUUAUCUUCCACAUUUGUCUCACACUGCACUUGUAUUUCAACCAGUAACCUCGUUCUUCAAUUCAGUGAUGAUAUUGUUUGACAGAAGAAUAAAGACAAAUUAAAGACA